UUUUUUUGAAGCUGUCAGCAGCUGCUGCAUCAUAACAAACAUGGCGGCGGGUUCUCUGUGACGCGGUUUUAAUUAAAUGUUGGCUUUUUUAGCGCUCUAGUCGGUUCGGCGUGUUUCUCCGCGGAUCAGGAUGGAGCCCGGCCCUUUUCCAGAGGCGGUUCCAGCCCGGAAGGUGACUGUGGUCGGUUCGGAGCUGGUGGAGAGCUACACGGUCUACAUCAUCGAUGUAACGGACGGUCUGCACCGGUGGACGGUGAAGCACCGCUACAGCGAUUUCUACGAGCUGCAUGAGAAGUUGACGGCGGAGAAGAAGGUGGACCGCCGUCUCCUUCCUCCCAAGAAGAUCCUGGGGAAGAACUCCAAGAGUCUGGUGGAGCGGCGGCAGAAGGAGCUGGAGCUCUACCUGCAGACGCUGCUGCAGCAGUUUCCAGAGGCCACGCCCACUCCGCUCACCUACUUCCUGCACUUCCACCUCUAUGAGAUUAAUGGCAUCACAGCAGCGCUGGCGGAGGAGCUCUUCCAUAAAGGGGAGCAGCUGCUGCAGGCAGGAGAGGUGUUUUCUCUGCGACCGCUGCAGCUUUACUCCGUGUCCCAGCAGCUCCGCCUGGCCACGCCCACCUGCCUCAGCGGAGACGCCAGAAUGGACCUGGGACACAUCCUGGACUUCACCUGCAGGCUGCGCUACCUCAAGAUUUCAGGGAGCAGAGGUCCAGUAGGAACCAGUAACAUUGAGGAGAGCAGCCUCCCCUUCGACCUGUCGGUGUUCAAGUCCCUGCUGCAGAUUGAGAUCAGCGACUGCAGCUCGCAGCAGAUCCAGGGUCUGCCGUCCCUGAGGGCCAGCCUGGCUACGCUGAGCCUCCAUCGCUCCACUGAGUCCAUGAUGUCCAUCCUCGUCCCAGAGGCCAGUGAGUUCCCGCAGUGGGAGCCUGAGGGGGCGGAGCCUGGCUGUCCUGUCACGGCACUGGUUCCUGUCUGGAGACACCUGACCACGCUGGACAUGAGCCACAACUGCAUCGGCUCCGUCGACGACUCAGUGAAACUCAUCCCGAAGGUGGAGUUCCUGGACCUGAGCUACAACCAGCUGUCGUCUGUGGAGAACCUGCAGCACCUCUACAGCCUGGUGCACGUGGACCUGAGCUACAACUGCCUGCGCAGCCUGGAGGCGGCUCACACGCGGCUGGGGAACAUCAAGACGCUGAGUCUGGCGGGGAACCAGCUGGAGACGCUCAGCGGCCUCUCCAAGCUCUACUCUCUGGUCAACCUGGACCUGAGCCACAACCAGCUGGCACAGCUGGAGGAGAUCAAGAACAUCGGAGCGCUGCCCUGCUUGGAGAAGCUCAACCUGUCCAGUAACCCCAUGUGCAUCAUCCCAGACUACAGAACCAAGGUUCUGGCCCAGUUUGGGGACCGGGCAGCAGAGGUGAGUCUGGACUGCAGAGCGACGACGGAGAAGGAGCUGGACACGGUGGAAGUGCUGAAAGCCAUUCAGAAAGCCAAAGAGGUCAAAGAUCGCAUGAGCAGCAGCGAUAAGAAGAUCAGUGAGGACUCCAGGGCGUCUGCAGCUCCUCCUGCCUCCUCCUCCUCCUCUUCGUCCUGCCCCAGCCAAGGACUGACCAGCAGAGAGGACGACCCCGACCCCCCCGCCGCCCCUGCCCCUGUAGACGCCGCACCCCCUCCUAACAUCUCCGACACUCACCUCCUGUCCGCCGAACCUGCUCAGGUAAAACGCUCUGCACUCAGCCAGUCUGAACAGCCACUCCCACCAGCGAACGCAGCUUCUUCCUCUGCAGCCGUCUGCUGUUUCUGCUCAGCUUCCUUUUCCAGUCGCCUGGAGGUUCGCUGCUCCGCCUGCAGCGCCACCUGCUGUCCGCUGCUCCCCUCUGCUCUAUUCGCCCUGUCCCUGUCCAAUAAAGACUUCAUUACCCAGAUCUCCCAGCAGCUCAGCUCCAUCCUGAGGGAGCAGAAGACGAGGAGAGGAGAGGAAGAGGAGGAGGAAGAGCAGAGGUCUGAUUCCAGAGACGUUCAGUCUGAAGUGCAGAGCACCGACGUCGGCGGUCGCAGUCUGAGCUCCAGGGACGGCUACUUUGAGAUGGGCCUGGAUGACUCUGGGGAGGAGGUUGUUGGCUCCGCCCCCUUCCUAGAGGGGGAGGAGCCUGGCGUCCGGCCGGAGGAGCCGAGCGAGGAGCAGCUGGAGGUUCGGGUCCGCAGCGUUCUGUGGUGCUGCUGUGUCCUGGUCAGCGAGGAGGUGAAGCAGAGGUGGGCGUGUCUGGUUCUGACGGACCGGCUGCUGGCGCUGCUCUGCUGGUCACAUGACUCCCUGUCAGCCAAUCAGGAGAGAGAUCUUUCCUCAGGCCCGGACCAGAGUCCAGAUGUGGAGGAGGUUCUGUCGGGCCUCCAGGCGGAUCUGCUGGUACCGUACUCCCAGGUUCUGCUGAACUGCCCGGCCGAGCUCCCGGACUCCUGCCUCUCGUUUGGAAUCAAAACGGGUCAGAACCGCUGGUUCGUCUUCUCUGAGGCCGAGGAGGUCCGACAGACCAGAACCGAGCUGAACGGGCUGCUUCAGGACCCCUCGGACCUCCCGGCUCUUCCUCGGCUCCUUCCUCCUUCGCUCCUCGGCCCCUGGGAGGCGGAGGAGAGUCUGGCGGCUCGGGGAGGAUUUCCCGCCCACAUCCUGUGCUCCUCUUCCUCCUCUCCGUCCUCUUCCUCGCUGGCCUCCGGUUCCGCCCAGCUCCCCUCCGAUCUCGGCUCAGAGGACGCCGGCCUCCUGUCGCUCCUCUUCCUCACGCCCAGAACCCUCUGGGUUCUCCGGAUGGACUUCAGGCAGCUGUGGACGGACCGUCCCCCUGUCCACCUGUCUUCUUCUUCCUCCUCCUCUUCAUCAUCCUGGUGCAGGCUGGUCCGUUUGGCCCUCGGCUCGGUUCUCCUUCACCCCGACCAGAGAGAGAUGGGAGACGGAUCCGACCGCGUUUCCUGUCCAGACCCGCAGCACCGCCUCAGGAGGCACCACUCUGUGGAUCUGCUGGCUGAAGGUCAGAGGUUGCUGCUGCUCUUCCCUCUGGCCCAGGACAGGGGCUCCUUCCUGGGGGAGCUGAGCCAGAGGAGAGCCUCUCUGGAAGGGCUGAAGGUGGUGGCGCUGCCCCGGCCCUGCCCAGGCCCAGCCGGACCCGGCUGCUGUCGAACCAAGGAGCCCUCCUGCUGCUGCAGCGACAGGAAGUCAGGCUGCAGCGACAGGAAGUCAGGCUGCAGCAGUCGGGACUCGUUGAGACUCCAAGGUGACGAGAACCAGCCGCCGCCCCACCUGGUCCCGGGCCUCUCACCUGGACUGAAGCUCCUGGCCGGACUCAGAGGCCAGCAGCUGCUCUCCUACUUCAGCAGAUACGUAGCUCAGUCGCAGGCCGAGGAGCUGAGGCAUGUCUGCUGGCUCUCUGUGCUGCUCUACAAGGCUCCAGGAAGUGAGGUCACUUCCUGCCUGCUGCUGUCCACCGAGGCCAUCUACUUCCUGCUGGACGACUCCGUCCCACCGCUGCAUCCACACUCGGGGACGGACGCGGCGAGCCCCGAGGACGCCGAGACGAGUCUCUGCAGCUGCCUGAGCGUCCGACUGGCUGAGCUGCAGGCCGUCAACGUGGGACUGUUUGACCAGAACUUCAGGGUGGUAGGACGCUCUGCGGACCAGGUGGUCUGCUGUCUCAGCAGGGACGGCUACGGGACAAGCGUCUUCCUGCAGCGGCUGAUGGCGGCUCUUAGCCUGCAGCAGCAGCAGCAUCCGCCCCAACCCGACCCGUCCGACCAGGACUUCUACUCCCAGUUCACCGGGAAGUUGCAGAACUACGAGCUGGUCCACAGCAGCAGGGUGCGCUUCAUCUACCCCAGCGACGAGGAGAUGGGCGACCUGACCUUCAUCGUGUCAGAGAGGAAGACCUCCGCCAGCGAGCUGCCUCCGUCCUCCUGCAGCAUCCUGCUCUACCUGCUCGUCUUCCAGGUCCAGAUGCCCAGCCAGCCGUCCGCCUCCACUGAGCGUUCUCCGGUCCUCCAGCCCCGGACGCUGGUCCUCACCGGGACGGACGUCUUCCUGCUGGACGAGGACUACGUCAGCUACCCUCUGCCGGACUUCGCCAAGGAGCCGCCGUCCAGAGGGCGCUACCAGCUGUGUGAGGCCCGACGGAUCCGGGACCUGGACCGGGUUCUGCUGGGCUACCAGCCCUACCCCCAGGCCCUGACCCUGGUGUUUGACGACCUGCCAGGUCCGGACCUGCUCUGUCACCUCACCAUGGACCAUUUCGCCCCUGCCGGCCCGGAGGCUCCGCCCCCCGGGGGCGUGGCUGGCGGCCAGGGCGAGGUGCAGUGGUGCAUCUUUGUACCGGGGGGCGACAGCAGGGAGCGACUGAUCUCGCUGCUCGCCCGCCAGUGGGAGGCGCUGUGCAGCCGGGAGCUUCCUGUCGAGCUCACCGGCUGAUUGGACGCUGGGGCCCACUGUCGCCAUGGAGACCGCUGUCUGGACCUGGGGGUGCUCCUGGUGGACCCGAGU